GCUGCGGGCGCCGCGCUCGGGAGGCGCCGCCAGGCCGGAGGAGGCGCGCGGGGCCGGGCUGGGCAGGUGGCCGGCCGGCCGGCGGGCGGGCGAGACAAUGAGGCCGGGCUCGGGGGGCGCCCUCGGCCUCCUGCUGCCGCCGCCGCUGCUGCUGCUGCUCCUGGCGCGGCCCCAGGGCUUGGAAGCAGCGGGCACCUUUGAGCUUCAGAUCCGUUUGGUCCGCAACGAGAAAGGGUUGCUGGCGGACGGUCGGUGCUGCCGGGGAGGCCUGGAGCCGCCAUGCCCUGUGACGGACCAAUGCCGGACCUUCUUCCGGGUCUGCCUCAAGGAAUAUCAACUGCGGGCACUCCCUGGAGGACCCUGUGUGCUUGGCACUGCCACGACACCGGUUCUCGGCGGCAAUGACUUCUCAACCAGUCACAGGAAAGGCUUGGACUCUGCCAACGAGAUGGUGAUUCGUUUUGAUUUUGCCUGGCCGCGCUCCUACUCACUGGUUCUGGAAGCCUGGGACGCGGCCAACAUCUCUGACAUCACCAGCCAAGGAGCCGGGCAGUUGAUGGAGAGGGUGACUCGUUCGGGCAUGUUGAAUCCUGGGGAGGGCUGGGAAGACUUGAAGCACCACGGCCACAGCACCUUGCUGGAGUACCGCGUGCGAGUGCGCUGCCGGGACCACUACUAUGGGCCGGCUUGCAACCUCCUGUGCCGGCCCCGUGACGAUUUCUUUGGGCAUCACAGCUGCGACUCCGCCGGCAGCAAAGUCUGCCUGGACGGCUGGACGGGAGACAAGUGCACACAGGCUAUUUGCAGCCAAGGGUGUCACGAAACGCAUGGGUUUUGCGAGGAGCCCAACGAAUGCAGGUGCCAUUACGGGUGGACAGGCCCUCUCUGUGAUGAAUGCAUCCUCUUCCCGGGCUGUGUCCAUGGGAGCUGCACCGAACCCUGGAAAUGCGAUUGUGAAACCAACUGGGGGGGCCUCUUGUGCGACAAAAAUCUGAAUUAUUGUGGUUCCCACCGGCCGUGCAAAAACGGGGGCACGUGCGCCAACAAGGAGCCAGAUGAAUACGAAUGUCUCUGUCCAGAGGGGUUCCAUGGCCGGAACUGCGAGAACGCUCUCCUUCCGCUACCUGUAGCUGAAUUCAUCUGCCCUUCAGAGCUAUGUUCAAACGGUGGGACAUGCCUCCAAAGUCCAUCUGGCUUCCACUGUGUCUGUCCCCCAGGAUGGAGCGGAGAGACAUGUCAGGAUGAGGUAACCGGCUGUCUUUCGGAGCCCUGCAGUCAUGGUGGGAUUUGCCAGAGUAUUUCAGGAGACUUCAGGUGCCACUGCCCGCCCCAGUGGACAGGGAAGACUUGCCAGAUCGAUGUGAACGAAUGCCAGGCGAGGCCCUGCCUUCAUGCCCGGGGGUGUAAAAACCUCAUCGGGGGCUAUUUCUGUGAUUGCCUGGAAGGCUGGAGCGGACCAAACUGCAAAAUCAGAGACCACACGUGCCAGAGAGGAUGCCAGAAUGGAGGCACUUGCCAGGUGAAAAAUGGCAGGCACAGUUGCUCUUGCCUGGCAGGGUACACAGGUGUGGAGUGCGAGACAGAGCUGGGCGCCUGUGCCAGCGCCCCCUGCUUGCAUGGAGGACAAUGCCAGGAGAAGGGAAACAUGACCUUCCAAUGCACUUGCUCUCCAGGCCACAGUGGCGACCGCUGUGAGCAGGUCUCUGUGGAUUUCUGCUCCCCAAACCCUUGCCCUGAAGGUGCUUCCUGCCUGGGUGGAAAAGGCAGCUAUAUCUGUACCUGCCCAGAGGGCGCCACGUGCCAGAAAUUUCAGGACCCUUGCCCGGAAGGGGUGUGUCCAGGGGGCACGAACAUGAUCCUCUUGUAUACCGUGUUGCCAUUGGCUCUGCUCCUCGUCUUGGUGAUUCCCGUCUCAGCACUCCUCACGCUGUGGAUCCACCGCAAAUCCCGACAGGCCCCUGCGGUGCCACAGGAUCCUGCCGCCAACAACAGUCUGCAGCCUGACGCCGUUCAUCUCAUCCGCAACAUCACCCACGGCGAUGCCGAGAUGGGGCCGAGGGAGCCUGGGACGGUGGCCAAAGCAGGGCUGCCCCCAGCCGUACGUCCCUCUUGCGGCGUCCCAAAGACAGACCUCUCCAAUGAGGAGAGGGCCAAACUGAACCGGCUGAACGUCCCCCCAGACUUGCCACAGCCAUUGCUCUGACCCAGCGAGGAGGACGGUAGAGCGUCUGAAAAGGGGGCAUGGGAAGCUUCUCCUUCAGCACUGGGAUUGGGGCCUUUGGAGCGCAGCGUGCCCCAGCGAUGUAAGGGCUGAGCCCCCCCAAUGCACCUUACUGGCCUGUCAAGCCUUUUAUAACAAGGUCUCUCUCUCAAUGUCUGCAGAGUUAUCGAUUGUGGUUCUGAUCCAAAGGGGAUGGCUAGCUUCUGAAAUUGCCCCCUUAGGGUAGCGCUGACCCGGAUCUGUGGAGUGUCAUGCAUGGCCAGGCCGAAGUUCAACAGGCCAGGUUGUUGAGUGAUCUCUGAUGGACAAUUGAGGAAAUGGUUUCUGUGGGCGUGGGGAGCCCCUUUCUGACUUCUGAAUGUGGAUUGGUAAAGCACUGUGGAAGCUGGGAAGAACUGAACCCCCCUUCCCCACUUCCUUCUCAGGACUGAGUGGCUGGAGGACCAGAGAUGGGUUUCAGCUUCCAGAAAAAGAAGGGGAGAAUAUUGAAUGUUGAAUCCCAAAUAUGUUGCACGGCAGUAGGGAGGGAGGUAUUGUGGAGAGAGGCAGUGAACGCCUCGCAGUGUGCCAAAUAAGGCAACAAUUGUGUUGCAGCCAUCUGGGCCGCUUCUCUGUCUCCAAGAGAGGACAGGCUGAUCACCCACAAAAGCUCACAUGAAGGGUAAUAUCAAUUGGGGCUGUCCCCCAAUCUUCUUCCCCAGCAUCUAGCAAUUGGAGGUAUCGUGCCUCUGGACAUGGAAGUUCCAUUUUAAAAGUGCCAUCACUAACCGUCACCGUUAGGCCUCUUUCAUUCAUUUGGGUCUGCCAAAGCCAACUCCUGGAACGGAGCUGUCUGCUCAUUGCCAACCCUAAAGGCAAAGGUGGGAUGCAGAAUAGCAGCAUCUCUAGCAGUGGAGAUUGACAAUAGAGGGGGCAGAGGGGGCUGCCUUUGCCCCUUGUCAGCCAACGGUCAAAUCGUUUUCCAACGGCUAUCCUUGAGAGCAUAAAAUGAAUAAAACUAAAUGGGCAAGAACAGUGUCUGUGUGACACUCGGACGGGGCUUCUCAAGCUUGGCCUGACCCCCCAAGCCACUGUGGUGGUCUGCUGGCUCUUGAAUCCGAACGGCCCCUUUUGUGCAAAAGGGGGCUGUCCCGGCAGCAGAAAGCCACGCCCAGAUAACACACCAGCUGCGCAGGAAGCAGCUAACGGGCAAGUGUGGGAAAUGAAAAAAGGUGCAAAGGUGGGAAGGGAGGCCCAGUCGUUUCUCGGGGAUGCUUCGAUGUUCCAGAUUGUGGGUGUUUGGAAUAGCGGACUGCGUUUCUGUUGCCGAAUGGGCAAUCCAGGACCGCCAGGGGUGACUGCAAGAGGGGAAAGGCAGUACGCCCUCUGCCCUCGCUUGGCCCCGUUUCGGACCACUUGCCGCAACAGGUGUGAAGUGUAUCAACUUCCCUCGCCACCUGAAUAUGUAUCAGAGCGACUCUGCAAUUCUCUCUGGUCCUGUCCCCACCAUCGGUUCGGUUUCAAAGGAGACGUGGGGAAAAGGUGCUUGAAAAAGGCGACUUGGAGAGGCAGGACCUUCGGUUUCCUUGCUCCAAAGAGGCCUACUGGCAACUCCCACUGCUGCAAAUGGUCCUUUGUCCAAGCCGUUCUCUAAUUCUGGGUGGGCGAACAGAGGACAAACUGGACCUCUUACGGGGGGCAGACUGUUUUCGCAAACGGGCUGCCUGCCCAUUGUCAAUUCUGACUCCAGGCUUAAUCUUAUACCCGGCGCUCUUGAUUGUUCACAAAUCACUCCAAAGGAAAUUUAUUCCACAAAUCUUAAUUGGAUCUGAGAACAGUUUUGGAAGAGUGGGGAAGGAUAAGCAAAGGGCAAGGAUACCAAAUGGAAUGUAUUUAAAUUGUAAUAUACUGUAAAGUUUUCUUCAUAGCGUUUGAUUUCUGGAUACCUUUUGAUUAUUACUAAUCUUUUGUAUCAGGGUGCGGUUGAUGAACCACGAGUAAAUAUUUUGUUUGCCUCA